CACCUCUAUUUUAGUCUGCAAUGGCCGCUUUGUGAGAGCCGGGUGUGCGGCUCAUUGUACGCGUUUAAAAUUAUGUAAUCUAAACAUAUAUUUAAUCGGUAAAAACCAGAAUGUAAAGGUUAAACUUUGUGUUUAUGAAGUGUUUUUAUGGUAUGUUUAUAUCAAAUUUCGAAGGGUACAUUUUAAGUGUGCCAAGUGUUGCUAGCAUAAAGCAAAAUGACCUCCAUCAUCAAGCUGACGGCGAUUUCAGGGGUGCAGGAAGAGUCGGCGCUGUGUUACCUGCUUCAGGUCGACGAGUUCCGCUUCUUGCUGGACUGCGGGUGGGAUGAGAAUUUCUCCAUGGAUAUAAUCGACGCAAUGAAAAGGCAUGUCCAUCAGGUUGAUGCAGUGCUUCUCUCCCAUCCUGAUCCUCUUCACCUGGGGGCUCUUCCUUAUGCUGUGGGGAAGCUGGGGCUGAACUGCACAAUUUAUGCUACCAUCCCUGUGUACAAAAUGGGACAGAUGUUUAUGUAUGACUUGUAUCAGUCUCGUCAUAACACUGAGGAUUUCACCUUGUUCACCCUGGAUGAUGUGGACUCAGCCUUUGACAAAAUACAACAGUUGAAGUAUUCACAGAUUGUCAAUCUGAAAGGGAAAGGGCAUGGCUUGUCUAUAACUCCUCUCCCAGCUGGUCACAUGAUCGGAGGGACAAUCUGGAAGAUUGUGAAGGAUGGGGAGGAGGAGGUUGUGUACGCCGUUGACUUCAACCACAAGAGGGAAAUCCAUUUGAAUGGAUGCUCUUUGGAAAUCUUGACCCGGCCAUCUCUGCUGAUCACAGAUUCCUUCAAUGCUACAUAUGUCCAGCCUCGAAGAAAACAGAGAGAUGAGCAGUUGUUAACCAAUGUAAUGGAGACUCUGCGGGGAGAUGGCAAUGUGCUGAUUGCUGUGGACACAGCUGGGAGAGUUCUGGAGCUGGCUCAGCUCUUGGAUCAGAUCUGGAGGACAAAGGAUGCAGGACUGGGCGUCUAUUCUCUUGCCUUGCUAAACAAUGUCAGCUACAAUGUAGUGGAGUUCUCUAAAUCACAGGUGGAGUGGAUGAGCGACAAGCUGAUGAGAUGCUUUGAGGACAAGAGAAACAACCCCUUCCAGUUUCGGCACCUGUCCCUCUGCCACAGCCUCUCAGACCUGGCCCGGGUUCCCAGUCCCAAAGUGGUUCUAGCCAGCCAGCCGGACCUGGAGUCGGGGUUCUCCCGUGAGCUGUUCAUCCAGUGGUGCCGGGAUCCGAAGAACUCAGUCAUCCUGACUUAUAGAACCACUCCGGGUACACUUGCGAGGUAUCUCAUUGAUAACCCUGGGGAGAAGAUCAUAGAUCUGGAGGUAAGAAAGCGGAUAAAGUUAGAAGGCCGGGAGCUUGAAGAAUACCUUGAAAAGGAAAAAAUGAAAAAAGAAGCAGCCAAAAAGCUUGAGCAGGCAAAAGAGGUGGAUGUGGACUCCAGUGAUGAGAGUGACAUUGAGGAAGACCUGGAACAGCCCUCCACCGGCAAGGCCAAGCACCAUGACCUCAUGAUGAAGGGAGAGGGGAACCGGAAGGGAAGCUUCUUCAAACAAGCCAAGAAAUCCUACCCCAUGUUUCCAGCCCAUGAAGAGAGAAUAAAAUGGGAUGAAUAUGGAGAAAUUAUAAGGCCUGAAGAUUUUUUGGUCCCUGAGCUACAAGCCACAGAGGAAGAAAAGAACAAGCUGGAAUCAGGGAUGACGAACGGGGAGGAACCGAUGGACCAAGAUCUGUCUGAUGUGCCAACAAAGUGCAUUUCAUCAACAGAAACCCUGGAAAUCAAGGCGAGAAUUACAUACAUAGACUAUGAGGGACGCUCUGAUGGAGAUUCAAUUAAAAAGAUUAUAAAUCAGAUGAAGCCUCGACAGUUAGUAAUUGUGCACGGCCCGCCUGAAGCCAGCCAGGACCUUGCUGAGUCCUGCAAGGCUUUCAGUGGGAAGGACAUUAAGAUUUAUACACCCAAGCAUCAGGAAACUGUGGACGCAACUAGUGAGACUCAUAUCUACCAGGUGAGGCUGAAGGAUUCCUUAGUGAGCUCCCUGCAGUUUUGCAAAGCCAAGGACACAGAGCUGGCCUGGAUUGAUGGCGUGCUGGACAUGAGAGUCAUCAAAGUGGACACUGGCGUGAUCAUCGAAGAGGGAGAUAUCAAAGAGGAGACUGAUGAAGGCGAGCUGCCCAUGGACAUUGCCUCUUCUUCCCUGACCUCUGACCCAAGUGCCAUUGCCCAGCAAAAGGCAAUGAAGACCCUCUUUGGUGAUGAUGAGAAAGAAAUUUCUGAGGACAGCGAUAUCAUCCCCACUCUGGAGCCCUUGCCCUCAAAUGAGGUUCCAGGGCAUCAGGCGGUCUUUAUUAACGAGCCCAGACUGUCUGAUUUCAAGCAGGUGUUGCUAAGAGAAGGAAUCCAGGCUGAGUUUGUAGGAGGAGUCUUGGUGUGUAAUAACCUGGUAGCUGUGCGCAGGACCGAAACUGGACGAAUAGGCUUAGAAGGCUGCCUCUGUGAAGACUAUUACAAAAUACGAGAACUUCUCUAUCAGCAGUAUGCAGUUGUUUAGGUUCUAUGAUGGGUGGUGUCAUAAGUGAAUUUGUUAACCCAUCUUUUGGGCAUUUAUUAAAGAUUUUUAUUUUCCAAA